UUUUUAUUGUGCUGUCACAACAGUCUGCCAUUUCUUUUAUGACUAUCUUAUCUCGGCCGGACUUUUCUUCAAAUUAACUUUAUAUUUUGAAUUGUUAUUAUAAUUAAAAAACCAUUGUAUAAAAAACAAUUUACAUAUCUAAAAAUAAAUGUGAACUAGUAAACGUAAUAAAUAAAAUAGUGUUGAAGCAUAAUAGAGAAACGCCAAAAUUGUGUAUUACCGAACAAUACUGUGUCAUCGUCCGUCAUCGUUAAAAGCCAAAGAGGAAGACUCUCAAAUCUCUUGUGUGUGCCAUCAUCAUUUUCUAUUUUUAGGAAACAACCCAACUAAAAAUUUAAAUAUUUUUAAACAUUUACCAAUUGAAAAUAUUCUUGAAAGUUUACUGCUAUUAAAAUAAAUAAUGCAAAUUAAAGUUUAUAUUAAUUAGUAUGUUCUAAAUAAAAACAAAAUAUUUAAUUUAAAAUGUAUGAGAAAUGGCUGCAAGAGAAACGGAACUAAAGCCAUUUGAUGAAAAUCCUAAUAUAAAUAAAAUUAAAUACGGAGAUGCUGACCUUUGUUCAAAACGUCGAAAACUACAUAAAAUUAACGAGCAAGAAGAAGAAGAUGACGAAGACGAGGAAAAUUUAAAUGCGUCAAUAUGUCCUGUUGAUGAGACUUACUUGAAGUUUGAAAGAAACGUAAACAAAAAUUGUUUUCAAAGUUCAUUCGUUGAUAUUGAAGAGGAUUUAAAUCAUAAACCUAAAAAUAAUUAUACUUCACAUACAUUAACAUCCCAAAAUUUUGAGUCAAGUGCCAAAAAUAACCUCAUAAUUACCGAUAAGCCAUCAGUAUCUAGUAAAGGAUUCGAAAAUACUUUCAAGUUACUACAGAAUCAAGUAAAAACGAAUACUCAGAAAACAAUUGACUUAAUCAAAACAAUAAAUCCGAAUAAUGAGUUUCCAUCAACAUCAGGAUCAAACAUGUACGUUGUAAGAGAGGAAGAACCAACAUGCUUCGAACUUGAAUUAGAAGCCAUGCAACGUAUUCAAGUUUACGUUAAAGAUUUAGAACACGUAAAUCAUGUAGAAAAAAGAAAGAGUGGAUACUUAUCAACGCCAUUAUUGGAGUUACUUUACAAUUUUGUGUCUAGGGGGCUUUCACAAGAUUUUCUUAAUGACACUGAACACUCAUUUCAAGUAAACACUUCAUAUAAUGAUACUGAGUACAAUUCAAACUUAAUGUAUCAUGUGGGAAAAAACUCUAACGGUGCAAAAUGUUUAAAAAUUGUGCGCAAUUUACUUAAACACGAUCAAGUUCUAUGUGGUAACCGUGUAAGCCAAAUGACGAGGGCAUAUGACGAUAUAGAGGCCGUCACUCGCCUUCUCGAAGAGAAGGAGAAAGACUUGGAGCUGACGGUGCAAAUAGGUAAAGAGCUAUUAACACAAAAUAACUUACUAGAGAAUAGAUUAGCAGAAUUAGAAGCCGACUUAAAAUCAGCAAAUGAGGAUCGCGCUCAACUUGUACAUGAGUUGCACAAGAAAAAUGAACUUAUUUCUGUCCUCACAAAUGACGGAGAAGAUACCAGUGAUAAUGAUACGCCAACAUAUUCUAAAUCAAUUACAUUAGAUUUACUACAAAAGAAAAUUAUAACGUUACAAGAUGAAAAUAAAUCUCUCAAAAUAGAGGCAUCCCAGUUGGCUUGUCAAACAGAUGAGGUGGAAGCACACGAACGACAACUAAUGGACGAUAUUUCGUCACAACUAAAUGAUGCAAACAAACAAUUUGAGGGUCUUAGUUUGGAAUUAGAACGUCAGCGGGAAGAGAAUCGACUUCAGCAUGAACAAAUUGUAAGUUUAACUGCACGAUUGUCCGAAGCUGAAAUGAGGCUACAUCAGCUAACCCACGACAAUGAUGAACAUAUUACAUUAUUGAACAUCACAAAAGAAAAUCAAAAUUCGCUGGCAUUAGAGUUAGUAGAAUUUAAGCAACGAUACCAAGAAGUGUUGGCUCUAUUGCAGGAAACCCAAGAACAACUACGGAAACAACGAAAGAAGACACUUCCUCAAGCGCGUAGUUCAUUCAUGUCUACACUUGGUGGUUUGCAGCCAGACUCUUUACAAUCUGAAUUGAUGGAAUCUUCACUAUACUCUGAGAACAGUAUUGACUCUGGCAUUUCGGGUGAUAAUCAACGUAUCAACGAUCGAAUAGGGCGAUUGAUGUCACAACUUCCAGGCGUUAGUAACUGCGGCAACAGUUCCAUGAAUUCUAGUGGUAUUUGCGCUUUUAGUGGAGGAUCUUUACCUCCUUACAAACGAGUAUUCGAUACAGUACGUUGUGCAACGAAAAGCGGCAAUUUCGCCGACAGUGAAAUUACUUCAAUGACUCACCUUGGCGCCAUGUCAAUGAGUAGUGCAUCUGGACCGCGCAUGUCUGCAAUGCCAUUCGUGGGCGGUGUAAAUCAAAAUAAUACUUCAUUUUGUCGUGAUGGUGGCAUGUCUUUGGGUAUGGGUGUAAAGACAUUAUCAUGCGAAAGCAUUAAUUCUCAGUCAGAUGACUGUUAUCCAACCCAACCUUCGGGUGUACCAGGGGCACCAGGUGCAAAAGAACUUGAAGCUGCUUUAAAAAGACUUACACCAGCAGAAGUUCUGGCAAGAAGAGCUAUGUUAUCUUACGCACCAGCUGGAACUUAUUCAUAUGAUGAUCAACAACCCCCGGCUGCUCUUCCACUGGGAGUACGAACACCUGAUAGCAUUAUGUCGACCGGGUCGUCCGGAAUUUCUUCAUCGACUAACAUGUCAUCAUCGAUGCAUCAAUGGCGUCUUCCUGAGAAAUUACAAAUUGUCAAACCGAUUGAAGGUUCUCAGACAUUGCACCAUUGGACGCGUCUUGCUACACCUACUCUAAGUGGUCUGUUAGAAGAACGACCUGGAGUUACAAUAAGGGGUGGUCGGGGUCUUGAUGAUUUAGGUAUGCAAGUUUACACACUCUCAGAUGUUGAAGAGGAUGUCAGUGAUGAAUUGCCUGGCAAACAAUUUGAAUUCUCCGGUUGUACUUAUACCUAUACCACCAGCACUGUCAUGCACCCAGAUGAUGGCCUCAUAACCGAUUUAUCUUUCCUUUCGCAGUCCCAGAUGUCCUCUCGAAUGGCUUCAACGUCGACUUCACGCCAACCAAGCUGUCCCCCAACACCUCGAGCUGGUUUAUCGCGCAAAAAUUCGUGUUCCACAUUUUCCGUUAACUUGGGCUUAGCUUCCAUGUUGAACGAACGAGGUAUUAAAGCUGUGACUCCAAGCGCCUUAAAUACACCAGCAGGUCCGAACUUUUCUCCCACAGUCACGCCGUGCAACAGUCCAGAGGGAUCUCCUACGCGUUCAAUGUCGCCAGAACCAUUAUUCGGUUUGCUUUCCUCUGGAGCUGAUUUAAUUAGACGCAAACUUGUUGGUGGUGAUAUUGAAAGACCAAAUCGAAAUCAACAACACCAAAAACAGCAGAAAAUAAUGCUAACACGUCUUGAACGACGUGCUCUAAGAUCAUUGCGGCUGGUGGAGAAAGUCGAAAGUAUUGGUUUAGAAAACAUUAUUACCACACAACCAAAUGCAAUGUCACAGCUAGCAAGUGGAAUUGCUAAUCGAAGCGCCAGUCCAAUGGCUCAAUUAACCAGCCUCAAAAAUAUUCACACGAAUUCUAAUAAUGUUGUAAGUGACUUGCACUUUGAUCGCAACCAGAUAAAAGACGUACUUCAGAAAGGACUUAAUCCUAAGGAGCUACAAAAACCAACAUCAUCUAAAUCAUCAGCUGCUGGAGUAUCAAGAACAUCGGAUCAAUGCGAAAACAAAAAAACAAGCCAUACUGAUACUAAGCAGCACCAAAAGAUGCACAAAUUAGAAGAUGACGCACAAAGCAAGGCUGGAAGCAAUAUUUCUGAUUUGGAAAAUUCUAGUGUUCGAGUUAAGCAAAUGCUGCGACAGAAAUCGCGACGAAACCUAAAAAAUGGCCAAAGACCCGAUUUAGGUACUAUUGGUGGUCGAGUGCGCACAGAUUUAGGUCGAGUUUCACCAAAGCAAAACGACCAACCGUCAAGCACUCACAAUAAGUCAUCUGCUGUAGCAUCUGGAAGUAGUUCCAAACACAUCUCUACUAACGGUAAAGACCAUGAUACCAAAGAACAACAGCAACAAAGCAUUACGCAAUCGUUCGUCGGAACCGUAAGCUCUUUACUGUUUGGUCGGAAGGGUGGUUGGCUGUAAACUAACUAGAUGGUUUAGACUCAAAAUUGUGUCUUUUUCUGGUGAUAGUACUGAUAUUUCUCACCUUGGAAGCAAAACAUAAACCCUUUUUAGAUAACCAAUUUCAUAAACUAUUUUAAACAACACUAUGCUAUAUAUUCAUUCUACCCAGCAACCGUAGUGCACUUAAUUCCGGUGCAUUUAUUCAUAUAAGCAUUUUCUUUGUUUGCAAUAAUAAUAUAAAAAUACGUACAGAGCAAGACUUGAACGUUUGAAGGUCAACAUUUUCUUAUAUAUAAAAGCUGAAAGAACUUCUUCAAGAAUCGUAAAAUCUUUUUUAAUUAAUUAGAGACGACCAGGUCAAGUGCUUUAUGUAAAAACGAAGUUUUACGAUGCUGCCUAAAUGCAAUCAAAAACAAUAUGACUUUUUACUUACCUAUACAAUACAUAUUAUAUGUAUGUAUAUGAUAUAUUUUUAAUUCUAUAUACUUCUUUUCACUUGAAUAAUGUACAUUGCAAAGUGUAUUUUAAUUUGUUUGAUCAAAGGCGGUCGGAAUGAGUGUUUAAGCGGGAAUGAUCAGAAGAUUUGUAAUUUCUUUUUAACAAUAUGUAUAUUUUUCUUUUGUUUUUAAUAUUAAAAAUAUAAAACAAUGGGUGUUUGCUCUGAUGUAUUAUACGAUAUCAAUGUAUCUUUAAAUGAGUUAGUACCAGCGUAAGUGGCUUUAAAAGCGAUAGGAAAUAAUCCCAUAUUUAUAAAAAGAGUGGUGCUGAAAUUCUCUUCAAUAAGGAUUUUCUCAUCUGUAAAAGCCUUUAAUCGAGAAACAAUAUAUAACAUAUUUAUAAACAUGUAGCAUUAUACUUUGCUUGUAACUAUUUUUUUAAUUUAUUUUUUGUUUAGUUUUAAAUUUUGACCUUAUAGGCGCCAUUAGACGAUAUAACAUAUCUGACGAUAUUCUUCUCGAUAAAUAUUAUAUAUAUUAUGGCUUAAUAACAAAUAUUUACAGAAAAUAAAAAAGUCAUAAUUUUUUGUUUGGCAUCGUCAAUAUAAUAUGAAAACCUUUAGUUAGUAUUUGUAAAUGUUUACAUAAAUUGUCAAAAAAUAAGAAGGUAAAAAAAAUAAAAACGGCAAUUAUUCUAAACUAUCUGAACGUAUACGUUUUAAAGAUACGAUCAGAUAGUUAAUCGUCAAGCAUAUCGCCUGAUAUAUGUAUGUUUAUAAUGGCUCCUUACUGUGCUAUUUUUAAUUUUAUUUCUAGUCUUCAGUUAUAUUGUGCUUAUAAUUUGGCUUUGUUACUAUAUUUUUUUUUAUUUUUAGUAUGAACAUUAAAAAACACACUAUAAACACUAAA